AUGGCUGAUUCAAGGAUGCUGAAACAAGCAAAGAAGAGAUCUGGAGGCUGUGGGAUUGGACAGCAUUUUGAAGGUACGGAUGCAGAGGAUAUUCCAGGAUUCCUCCUGGGAGAUUCCAGUUAUCCUCUGUGCCCAUAUCUUAUGACUCCUAAAGCCAACCCUCAAACAGACCCUGAAAUUAAAUACAACUGGGCACAUAUAUCAACAAGGAACACCAUCGAGAGGGCCCUUGGUGUUUUAAAAAGCGGGAGGAGGUGUCUGGACAGAUCAGGGGGCAGCCUACAAUACUCCACAGAUGUGGCCUGUAACAUCAUCAUGGCCCGUUUAAGGUUGAAUAACCUAUGCAUUCGUUCUGGUUUCCCAUUACCAGGGGAUGUUCAGCAGCUGGAGCAUGAUAAGCUGCGCACCCCUCCUUGGCAAAGACUGUCCAGAUGGGUUAUAAGAGCCAGGGAAGAACUCAUCAGGCACAAGUUUUCAUGA